AUGGUUUUGAACCAGGUACCAGAGGUGGUGCUGGGACAUACAGAUAAGCUGCAGCGCAUCCGGGAGUUGAUUGGCUGCAGGCAUGCGUCCGCUGUCAGCUGCCUGCGCCGGGGACGUGUGGGGCUACCUGAUCCGGAGAGAGUGAGCAAGGGAGGUGGGGGUCAGGUGAAGGGAGAGCAGACUGGGGACCAGCUCGCCAGGGAGGUGCCAGCAGAGCCUUUGGCGAAAAGAGAGGCCGGCCAGCCUUCUGAUCAAACUCAAAGAUACUUUUCCAGAGGCUUUCCUAAACCCCCAGGAUACAGCAGUGGAAAACACCAUGCUGACCCCAUCCCUCACAGUUGGCUUGGACAAAUCGAUAGAAGGAAAACUGCAUUGGAUUUUGUUUUCUCCCGUGGAGUUCAGAAGGUUGAAUCAAUUAUGAUUUCAUCAGCAGUCAAUCAACUUCCAUGCAAAUUGUUGCAUAUUGCCACCCUUUACACAAACGAUAUUGCCAAUUGGUGUUGGUUUACUCAAAGCAGCAAAUGCGUUCAAUGUACAAUAUGUAUUUGUGUGAGAAUAUGCCUAUGUGAUUCAGAAGUUUUAACAUGCAACGAAAUACCAGGCCAGCACAAUAAAUGCGAUAAACAGGGGGAAAGAGUCAUUGAUUCUCGCAUUCAGCUUGUCUGACUUCACCAGAGACAUUGAAGUUGGGGUCAUAUUUACUCCUAUUAGCGAUUCUCACGCAGGAGACUAGAAUGGAAUGAGAGGUUUGCUUAACAUUUCUGAGACUCAAACAAUAAGAUGGCUUUGAUAGAAAUCAGUGCAUGGGCGGGCCAUUCAUUAUGACCUUUCUUUGUGUGUGUGGGGGGGAGAAGAGUACCAAAUAGUUAACUCUAGAAAUGACAGCAUUGAGUAAUUGAGAAAAGCUACCUAUCCCAUAACUGUUAUACAUGUAUUCCAUAAAUUUAUUUAUCCAAGUUACUUGGGUUGACCAUCCCUGAUGGUCAUCCACAGGAGCUAAAUGGAGAGAAUUGCUUUGGAUUUUGAUUCCCCUAGUGUUCCCCGCCCGGACAGCUUCUUCCCAUUCAAGUUGACCUCCUAGCCCUACCCCCCACAUUCUGUUAGCCUGGAGAAGAAAGCCAUUUCCAUUGGCCUUGGCUGCCUGGGGAGAUCUAUAUUACUCCUGGGAAGACAAGAGCUGUCCCCAUCUUGGGAGAGUGUGAAAUUCGGUUUUGAUUGCAAAGGGAAGCCAUUUCAACGGGAUUACACCGUGACCAUGUAGAUUCAACUGGGCCAUAUGGCCUGGGGAUGAGCCUUCCUACUGUCAGGUAACAGCACAUUGCUAAUGACGUGGUGAUGACAUUUUCAAAUAAAAAAUAAAGCCACCUGGACAGGAAUAAAGGAGGCAAAAAUUAAUAAAAUGAUGAGACACUGGCACCAACGAG